GAAGAAACGUUCGUUCCGGGUAUCAGUGCGCAAUGCUGCGCAUGCCCAGUAACAAACAGCAAGCAUGGAGGACGUGAGCCGCUGAAGAUUUUUUUUUACAAUAAAAUCACCUUGGAACAUCAAAUAAAAGAAAGAUGAUGCGCAGAUCGAGAAUUAGCGUCCGGCCCAAUGUGAAGCCCACAGGCCGAACUCUGACAGCUUCUCGAGAUAAUGUUCAGCCUCCCCAGGGUCCUGCUGACUCUGCUCCAUCUGAGGGGUCAGAGGUCAUGGCUGAGAAGUUGAAGACUGACCUACCUAUAGCAGCAUCGGAGGAAGCCUCUCAGAGCAGCAGUCCUAGUAACCAGCUGGAGGCCAUUAGCCAUGGAGAGGAUGCAGCUUCUAAAAAUUCUGAUGCCCAGGAUUCAAAAAGCACCUCUGUGACUUCUGGCCCUCAGAGGAGGAAACGCUUCACAGCUCUGCCCAACUUAGCCAAACCACGAGCUUCCCCAGCCUCCUCUAGGACUCCUAAAUCCCCAUCCAAGUCCCCUGUAAAACCAGUAACACCCAGUGAGCCUGAAACAUCAACCCCCUCUGCAGAGUCUUCCCUUCAGAUACCUGAGCCUGUCCACAACCCCAGGGUUCCUGGAAGACGGAGACCUUCUGGAGGGGGCAGACAGGCUAAAAUACAGCCCAUCCCUGCAGUCCCACUGCAGAAUGACCAAAAGACAGAUACUCAAGAGGAUGGGGGAUUGGAAGACACUGUUGUACCGUUGACCGUCCAGCAAGGAGAGUCCCAACAUCCCCUUAGAACUUCCAAACCUGAUGCUGUUUUGGUCCAUGAAAACCCUCCAGAGUGUCCGGUUCCUUCUAUUGUGGAAGAAAUUGUCGUACAACAGGAGAGUGAUUCUGGGCCACUUCCAGGGCAAAGCCACACUGAUCUGUUAAGAGAAAGACUUAAAAAACUUCAGUCGCCAUUGAAAAUUCUCAAAUCUUUGAAAACUCUGAACGACCCAGCAGACAUGGUGAAGUUAGCCCAAGCACGGAAACUUCGGGAGCUACUUAAAAAAGAAAUGAACAAAGACAAGGAAGACAAGAAGAAACCCAAGAUGGGAAUCAAAGAACGCAAGGCACCUAAAGAUCACACCAAAAUGACCAUGAGAGAGCUGAUCUAUUACCUGCCUGUUUCCAACCCAAUGAAGUCUUUCACAGAAGAAGAGCAGAAAGCAUCAGAUACAGAAUUAGAUGACUCUCCUACACCAACUGCUUCUAAGACUCCAGCUGCUCCAUCAGUUCAGGAGACAGUACCAGAAGAUGCUGGUCAUGAGGAAGACGAGGAGCGAGUGGAAGAAACUCAGCCGGUAGAGGAAGAACCUCUGCUAGUGCCCAGGGUGAAGGUGGCAGAGGAUGGCUCUCUGAUUAUAGACGAGGAGAGUUUAACAGUCCAGGUGUCAAGGGCAAACGGGCCCAAUCCAGCAGAAGACAGAGAUCCCAUAUUUGAACGUGGCUCUACCACCACUUACUCCAGCUUUAGGAAGGGCACCUACACCAAACCCUGGUCCAAUGGAGAGACUGAAAUGUUUUACUUGGCCAUCAGCAUGGUGGGGACAGACUUCUCCAUGAUUGGUCAGCUGUUUCCACACAGAGGUCGAUUGGAGAUUAAGAACAAGUUCAAGAAAGAGGAGAAAAAUAACUCAUGGAGAAUAGAUAAAGCUUUCAAGGAGAAGCGACGUCUGGAUCUAGAUUUCUUCAAAAAAUUAAUGGAGCAGGUCCUAAAAGACGAGGAAAGUAAGAAAAACAAAAACAAAGAGCUCACCAAGUUGGCUAAAGCACAGGGUAGAGUCCAAAGGAAAGUGAGAGCGGCUAAAAGAAAGGAAAUGGACACUUCAGAGGAUUCGGACAGUGAUGUGGUUGCAGGAGAAAAGGAGAAUGAGGACCUCUCGAAUGAUGGAGGAAGUGAUACCACUUCAAAGAAACGCAGGGGAAGAGGGGCGAAUACUCCACAGAGGAGAAUCAAGAGGACGAAUGGAGAGGCUGCAAUAGAUGAAUCUGAGGACUGUGAAAAUGCCACUUCUGAUGGUCAGUCACAAGAUGACAGCAGGUUAAAGGAAUCUGACUCAUCAGAGAACAUAAAGAAGAUUCCUGCUAUUAAACCGGCUCAGCUCAAGGGUCGACCUCAGAGACCGAUCCCGAAUCUCAGCCGCAGAUGGGGGAACAGGCGCCCGGAGCCUGGGCAGGAGAGUAGAAUGGACAGGUCCCCCAAGGUGCCUUCAGAUUUAUUACAAGAGAAGGAGAAGAGGCAGUCUAAAGUUCUCCUUGAAUUGGAAGAUUUGGAGGAAGAACCUGAUCUGAGUACUGUACAUGAACAGAUAUUCAAUAAACCAACCAGGUCAGGAAGGAUCCCCAAGCUCUCUCAGCAUGUGAUGCAGGCAGCGGCAGAAGAAGAGGAAGAGGACGAUGACGAAGAGCUCUCUGAACCUCCUGUGUCUUCCAAAAUUUGUAAUCAGGGCAUCAAGGCACCCGCCCGGAGGGAUAAAUUAAAACCAGGCCCCACGUUGAAACAGGGCAUGCAAAGGAGGGGGAAAUCUAGACUGGUGACCUUACUGGCCUCUGGAACUGAAGAUGAUGAGGAGGAUGAGGACGUAGGAGAUUGUGGCCUGAGCCAGAUGGACUUUCCUUCAAAUUCUGAAGAGGAAAACCAGGCAUUUGUGCCAAUGAGUCUACGCCCUCUAUUGCCUGUUAAUUCGGAGGUGGUAGAAACCAUGGAAGAGCUGGACAUUUCUGUGAAUGUGCCUGAUAUCCUGGGCACAUCCCAGAAUGCUUUUUGCCCUGAGAUGUCAUGUGAGCAGGCGGCAUUGCCCGCUGGCCCUGUCCCUUAUGAACACCAGUUGGACCUGCUUGCUGAUGUCAUUGAGUUUCUUGACCCAGACCACAUGGAAGUAUGUAAAGAGAUCAACAAUGAAGCUGCCCAGACUCUUCUGACCAUCGGGAACUCGGCUCAGAUGACCCAGACAUCCGAAAUAUCCUGUGAAAAUUAUAUUGUUGGACAGUCAAGCAUCGUACAUGAAGAGGUCGUCCAUGAGGAAGUUAUCACAGAAACGGCCAUCAUGUCUGGUCCUUCUGUAAGUUGCGAGACAGAGAUGAAAGAUGAUGUUGAACUUUCGAGCUGUGAAACUCAUAUUCCAGAACUUUCUGCUGAAGAAACCCCUACCUCAUACGAGGAGCCAAUCAAAUCACAGACAACUGAUGCUCAUCCUGGUCCUAUUCAAAAUGAGACACAGGAUUUGGCUUGUUCCACUAGUGUUCCACCACCUAAAAGAGGCCGUUUCUCCAAGCCCAAACCCAAUAUUGGUCAAGGUCUGAGAACCAGACGAGCUCCACAGCAGCAGAUCUGUCCAGAACUUGUUACAGAUUCUGUGGAGACCUCUAAGAGUCCAUCUGUCACAGAAAAGGAUAAAAAUGCAACACAACUCAGGGAAGAAGAUUCAGUUCCUGUGGAUAACCUGUCAGUCUCCUCUACUUUCCCUGAGGUCCUACAGCCGCAAAAAUCAUCUGAAAGUCCCAGUGUUGUUCCUGAAAAGGUGACUAAAGAUAAUGGAUCUGUCUCAUCUCUGAAGAGAAAGAAUGAUGAAAUAAUCACAGAGGAAAAAAUACAACAACAAGAAGAGACAAGAGAACCACAACUGACUAAUAGUGUGACUGAGUCUCAGAACGCAUCAGAUGAGACCACAAAACCUGUCAGGAGGCACCGCGGACCCAAACUUAAACCAAACCUGACAUCCAGACACACUCGCACACAGACACAAAACAAAACAGUAAUAAAUAAGAAGCUGGAUGUUGCCCAGUCUUCCACGAGCACUUUCACUAAAAGUCCUGAAGAGGGUGCUGUAGUUACCACAGAAUCUGAUGUUUCCCAAAGUGCAGCACAACAAGAGGUUGCAUCAAGCAUUGAAUCAGAACAGACAUCUGCUGAACCCAUUCCUGAAGAGCCUGUGUUUAUUCUGUCUCUCACUGAAAUCCCACCCACGGGCUUUAGGACAGAGCCCCUCCCACUGACACCGGUGUCUGAGUUGCAUUCUCACGGUCAAAGUGCUAAUGAGAGCAGAGAGGUAUCUCACCUUCUGAUCACAGAUGCUUUAGUUCCUGUGUCAGAGGAUGAGGAAAAGAAAAGUGAAGGGGGGGACGUGGACAAAUCGAGGAAAAGAGAAUUGAAACGCAAGACACCAGCCUCAACAUCUCAGGAGGGUACCGAUGGUGAGAGUCAGACAGAACAUCAUGUAGUGGAAUUAUUGGAAAGCCCUGUGGCAGAGAGGAAUAAAGAUGAGAAGGAACAUCUGGAGAACAAGAGAAAAUUACCUGAAAGAACCAGAAGAGCAAAGCUGCAGGUUAAACCCAUCCCCAUUUCAAGGAGAAAUGCUCAAGGUGUUCAUGCUAAAGAAGACACAGCAGAGCUCUCUUUAAAAGAGACUACCUCAUUACCCAUUUCAACACGAGCGAUGAGAUCAAGGCCAGAGCAAACUGUGCCUGCUGCCAUUUCGACAACCGACAACUCAACAUCAGCCACCAUCUCAGAAAGAGAAGCAAACACAGACCUUUCUGUGACCAGUUCACCUCAGCAAGAAAAUGAUUCUCAAGAAGGUCCCUCCCAAGGCAUCAUGGGACAGGUUGACCUCCCAUGCAAAGAGACAGUUGAGUUAGCAAGUGGAUCAGACUCGCAAGGUGUCAGUCAAAUCACGCCUAUUGCCACAAGCGGGCCACUUACAAGACCUGGUAGAAGACCAAAGGGGUUCCUGUCCUUUAUUUCCUCUAAGAGUACACAAGGACCACCAGCAGCUCAUCGAGGGGCCAAACCAGGCCCCCAAAAACCUGCAGUCAACACCGCGCGUCCUGAGAGAAAACGGAUAGCGGCUGGCCCUGUUACCAUGGCAACAAACCCUAAAGUAAAGCGACUGUCACCGACCUCUGCUUCCAGCACUCCAUCUGUCAUUGAGCAGAACUCAGAAGAAGAACCCACCAGUGUCUCCAAGUACUUUUUCAGUGACAUCUUUACUGAAGUUGAUGAACUAGAAGACAUGGAUUGAGGCCUUAAGGGUGAAAUGACGAGCCAAGAACAGGAAAUAACCAGUGAAAAAUAUAGUUUGACAUCAGUAGUGUAUAGAUGUGAAUAUGUGAAGGUUUUACCAGGACACUUUUACAAAGAAGAAACACCACUGUAGAUAUCCAGUGAAAACGUACCUCAGUAACUCUGGCAAAAUAUUAAUGAUGUCUUUCGUUUUUUAUAUAUAUAUAUAUAUAUAUAUAUAUAUAUAUAUAUAUAUAUUUUUGGUUUUUUGAGGACAAAUAAGUAUUAAUUGACAUUAUGGUAAAGCAAACAUGUUUUGAUACAGCUGCACUCUUCGUGAUGUAAAGUUGAAAUACGACUGAGCCUAACUGUGAAUUAUUUGAUAGUUGGUCUUAACCUUCCACAUUUUAUAUUAUUUCUAGUUAUCAGUUAGCAAUAUGUUCAUUUCUCUCAGCCAUUUCUCUAACAUCAUUUGGCAAUAUUUCAUAUUUUUUUUUUUGGAAGUGACUUUUUUCUUUAUAAUUUAUAUAUAUAUAUAUAUAUAUAUAUAUAUAUAUAUAUAUAUAUAUAUAUAUAUAUUAUACAUUUUUUUUUUUUUAAAGAGCAGCUUUGAAACAAACCUCCAUUUUAAAUAAGCACUGUCCUUUUUUUCAACUCCAUGCUGUUGGAUUUUAGCAUUUUGCAACAUAUUUUGUAGCAUUUUUUUUUUAUUUAUCUUAAGCUUUUAGCCACAAAGCCUAACCUCAGUUUUAUGCUGUUCAUAUUCGCUUUUCAUAUUUGUAUCCAAAUGUUCUCAAGCAAAUGUUUUACUUAUGUAUUUGUAAAUAUGUUAAUAAAAAUUUACGUUUUAAA